CGCCUGCCCUUCCCUCUGCAGAGCUUUCUCCCUCCCUUCACGAGCCUUAUUUCGCUCUCUCAGUCUCCAUAUCUAUUUCUUUCCCCCUUCUUCCCUCCUCCCCUGCCUCUCUCCUCCUUGCCAUCCCUCCCGAACCCCAGUAUGGGUCUCCCCGCCUUCCUCCCUCUCAGGCUGCAUUUCCCCCCUCCUUAGUGCUCACCCCUGCACCUCUUUCUUUGUAUUCUUCUCACCCUCUCCCAGCCUCGCCAGCAUCUCUCCUCCCCCGCCCGGCUUCGGCCUCCCCCUGCCUCCCCAUCUUCAGCUCAGUCUCCUCCCCCUCGCUCUUCUUCCCUCCCCUCCGCCUCGCCCCACUCCUAGCCCGCAUGCCAGGAUUUCUCUCCUCCCUGGGGGUCUCAGUGCAUCUCCUUCUCCUCUCUGCCUGCCUCCUCCCUCACCGAAGGGUUAGCGGACACCCAUCAUUUUCUGCUUGGGGACCCCACCACCACCCGCAUCACUGCCCCUGUCUCUUCUUCACCGUAUCCUCCUCUACCCACCCUCUUCUCUCUUCUCUUCUCCCUGCCCCUUUAAAUCUGCCUGGCCCAGCCUCCCCCGUGAUGCUGGGAUGGAGCAAACAUUGAUUUGUGCUGGGAUGGAAUCGGAAUUUUGAUUUAUUUUUCCUCUCCCAACCAUAAGAAGAAAAAAAUAAUAAAAACACCCCCUCUUGAAAGCCCCCUCCCCCUUUGCAUCCAGCUCCCAGCUCUUCUUCCCUAUCUCCAUCCAAGGCAGAUUUUUUCCCCUACACUAUUCUCAUCUUCCCCCACCCUUGCCACUACCUCGCCCCCCCCACCCAGCCUGCUCCUCCAGCUGGGGAGAGAGGGGACUCUCUGGACUCCCCCACCUUUCCUCUCUGGGUUGGAGCAGUCUCUCCGGAAGGGGAGGGGGCUUGGCUUGUCCGGGCGAGGUGGGAGUGGAGGUAUCCUGCCAUGGAUGCUGUGCCGGGGAGGCAGCCUGAGCCCCAGCUCACAUGCCACUCAGGAUGAGGGUCCGGCCCUGCCUGCCCUCGCUGGGGCCCCCCCGCCCGGCCCCGGUCUAACUGCCCCCGCCCCCAGGCCUCGCCCGGCUCCAAGGCCCCCAGCCGGCUCUCCAGCCCCAGGAUGCGCUGAGCCGCCGGGGGGCUGAGGCCGCGCCAACUACAUGCAUGUCCCCCGGGGGCAAGUUCGACUUUGACGACGGGGGCUGCUACGUGGGGGGCUGGGAGGCGGGGCGGGCACAUGGCUACGGCGUGUGCACCGGCCCCGGCGCCCAGGGCGAGUACAGCGGCUGCUGGGCACACGGCUUCGAGUCACUGGGCGUCUUCACGGGACCCGGCGGACACAGCUACCAGGGCCACUGGCAGCAGGGCAAGCGCGAAGGGCUGGGCGUGGAGCGCAAGAGCCGCUGGACGUACCGCGGCGAGUGGCUGGGCGGGCUGAAGGGGCGCAGCGGCGUGUGGGAAAGCGUGUCCGGCCUGCGCUACGCCGGGCUCUGGAAGGACGGUUUCCAGGACGGCUACGGCACCGAGACCUACUCCGACGGAGGCACCUACCAGGGCCAGUGGCAGGCCGGGAAGCGCCACGGCUACGGGGUGCGACAGAGUGUGCCCUACCAUCAGGCAGCGCUGCUGCGCUCACCCCGCCGCACCUCCCUGGAUUCCGGCCACAGCGACCCCCCAACGCCACCCCCGCCCCUGCCCUUGCCGGGCGACGAGGGAGGCAGCCCCGCCUCGGGCUCCCGGGGCGGCUUCGUGCUGGCCGGGCCCGGGGACGCCGACGGCGCGUCCUCCCGAAAGCGCACUCCGGCGGCCGGCGGAUUCUUUCGCCGCUCGCUGCUGCUCAGCGGGCUCCGAGCUGGCGGACGUCGCAGCUCCCUGGGCAGCAAGCGCGGCUCCCUGCGCAGCGAGGUGAGCAGCGAGGUGGGCAGCACCGGACCGCCCGGCUCGGAGGCCAGCGGGCCCCCGGCCGCAGCGCCGCCCGCCCUCAUCGAGGGCUCGGCCACAGAGGUGUACGCGGGCGAGUGGCGCGCAGAUCGGCGCAGCGGCUUCGGCGUCAGCCAGCGCUCCAACGGGCUGCGCUACGAGGGCGAGUGGCUGGGCAACCGGCGGCACGGCUACGGGCGCACCACCCGCCCCGACGGCUCCCGCGAGGAGGGCAAGUACAAGCGCAACCGUCUGGUGCACGGCGGGCGCGUCCGCAGCCUCCUGCCUCUGGCCCUUCGUCGGGGCAAAGUUAAGGAGAAGGUGGACAGGGCUGUCGAGGGCGCCCGUCGAGCCGUGAGUGCUGCCCGUCAGCGCCAGGAGAUUGCCGCUGCCAGGGCAGCAGACGCCCUCCUAAAGGCAGUGGCAGCCAGCAGUGUCGCUGAGAAAGCCGUGGAGGCAGCUCGAAUGGCCAAACUGAUAGCCCAGGACCUGCAGCCCAUGCUAGAGGCCCCAGGCCGCAGACCCAGGCAGGACUCAGAAGGUUCCGACACGGAGCCCCUGGAUGAGGACAGCCCUGGGGUGUAUGAGAAUGGACUGACCCCCUCAGAGGGAUCCCCUGAACUGCCCAGCAGUCCUGCCUCCUCCCGCCAACCCUGGCGACCCCCUGCCUGCCGGAGCCCACUGCCUCCUGGAGGGGACCAGGGUCCCUUCUCCUGCCCCAAAGCUUGGCCUGAGGAGUGGGGGGGGCCAGGUGUGCAGGCAGAGGAACUAGCUGGCUAUGAGGCUGAGGAUGAGGCUGGGAUGCAAGGGCCAGGGCCCAGAGACGGUUCCCCACUCCUCGGAGGCUGCAGCGACAGUUCAGGAAGUCUUCGAGAGGAGGAGGGGGAGGAUGAAGAGCCCCUGCCCCCGCUGAGGGCCCCAGCAGGCACGGAGCCUGAGCCCAUCGCCAUGCUCGUCCUGAGGGGCUCGUCCUCGAGGGGUCCUGAUGCUGGGUGCCUGACAGAAGAGCUCGGGGAGCCCGCUGCAACCGAGAGGCCUGCCCAGCCGGGAGCUGCCAACCCCCUGGUGGUGGGAGCCGUGGCCCUCCUGGACCUCAGCCUGGCAUUCCUGUUCUCCCAGCUCCUCACCUGAGGCUACUUCCUGGCCUGGUUCUGGCUUUGGUUGCGUGCCUCUUCACCCCUUUGACCUGCCUUUUUUCUCUUCUCCUCUUCUUGGCUGUGUUUUCUCCUAUCUUUCUUUCUCUUCUUCCUUUCUUUUCUGUGCUCCUUUGUUUUUUUCUCUCGCUUUUUCUUUCCCUGUCUUCUUUCAGAUUAUCUCAUUUCUUCUGGAUCUGUCUCUGUAUUCCUCACUCCCUUCACCAUCCCAACCCCUUCUUUCUCUAGAUUGUUUACAUAUGAAGGGCUUUUCUCUCUCAGAGUUGCUGUCUUCUCUGAGACACACAAAUCUAAGUCAGACCAUUGCCCCACGCCCUCCCACCUUUUCUUUAGACCUCAACUUCGCUGCGGGUGGGGGUUUGGUGUCCUAAGGAGACUCCUGGAAGCUGAAUGGAGAGGAGGAAGAAAAUGAAGAAGGAGUGAUUGAAUGUCGGGCAAGGCACUGGCUGAGCUGCUGUGGCUCCCUAGCCUGAGGGGCCUGCUGUCCCUCUGAGGCCUAGUGAAAAAGCUGCAGGAGGUGCAUCCUCCACCUCUAAUCUUGGAGGCUAUUAUCUCACCUCCAAGCACUGAGCUGGGUUACUGCCCAAUUCCAUCCUUCCCUGAGGGAGAGAAGGGAAGUGAAAAGUAGAAUAACUCCCUAGCAUUUCCCUCUUUUUCUCCUCAUCGGCCAACCCCUCCUCCAGCCCCCUCUGGUGGCAUGCCAUGCCAAGAGCAACGUGUAAAGGAACAGAGAAUAUCCAAUGCAGUCAAGUCCACCCCGCCCAGACUGUGCCACUGACUUCUCCCACCUUUCUGUCUCCCCCAUAAUAGUUUAUUUGGUUGGUCUGGACUCACUUGUGGCCUUUGAUUAAAUUCCUAAGGGGCCUGAAGAAGACAUUUCUACUGCAGAGGGUUAGAGGCACUUGAGCAAGGCCCCCACGCCCCAACUCUGGGAGUUGUGGUGGGAGGAGGCACUUCUGGGCGAUAGGACCAGACAAGAUAACAGGAGCUCACAAGGAAGCAGAAGCUGUGACAAGUUUAGUAGUCUCAAAAUGGGUUAUAUCCCUUCCCCCUUCACAUCAGAAUCUUGUGAAAUGGGAAAACAACAGAAGGAGGGGAUCAAAGAUAGCUGAUCUCACAUGCUUCCCAGGCAGGGCAGAGGUGGGAGUCAAACCCGGGUGACAGGUGGGUGGAGAGCCCUGUUUGAGGUUGUGGCUGAUCCCUCUCUGGUAUUAGCUUUUCCCCUGGGAGCAGGAAGCCCUAGGAAGAGGGGACUGUAGGGUCCCCAGGGGAUCUUUCCUCCCUCCCCUGCAUGAGGCAGAGGCAAGCUGCCUGCCAACCCCCUCCCUCAAGGAAUGGCCUUGCCCGGGAAUGCCCACCACACAUACCCUCUUCUUUUUUUCUAGUCAGACUCUUGUUUAUUCCUUGGCUUGCCUCCCUCCUUCCUCCCCUCUCAACCUUUACUUCUGAUUUCUAUUUCAUGGAAUUUGGGAUUGAAGUUAAACUACAACAGUGCCGCCAACACCAAGUCUUGCAGGAAAAAAAUACAAAGAAAUUUAACAAAAAAAAUAUAUUAAUAAAAAAGUUCAAAAAA